AUGGCACCCAACUCCAAGUCAACGAUUAAGAAGGGAAAGAGGACCAAAAAAGACCCGAACGCUCCCAAGCGCGCCCUGUCCUCCUACAUGUUCUUUGCGAAGGAGAAGCGCGGCGAAAUAAUCGCGAAAAACCCUGAGAUGGCCAAGGAUGUUGCCGCUGUGGGAAAGCUGAUCGGCUCAGCCUGGAACGCUCUCGGCGAGGCCGAUAAGGCUCCCUACGAAAAGCUAGCUGAGGAAGACCGCGCCAGGUACGAGAGGGAGAAGGCAGAGUACGCCAAGAAGAAUUAA